AUGGAGAAUGGGCGAGGUACCAGCGGACAUGCCGCUAGGUAUCGGCGGGUAUAUGGCUUCUUUGGGUUCAACCGGGGGUAUAAUUUCCCGCUGUGGGUGAUUUUCGCCGGAGGCAUGCUCGGCUUCUCACUGUCGCGCCUCAAAGACCUCGACUACGACGGCCAUUUCAAGCACAGCUUUGCUCUCGUCCCGGGGUACUGGUACUAUUUCCACGCGGGCGCCUACCGCUACGGGAUGCUGAUCCAUCUGGCGUGUAUCUUGCCCGCAGGCAUACUCAUGGUACUUCAGUUCACGCCGGUGCUGCGCCACAAGUUCCUCAUGUUCCACCGCGUAAACGGGUAUGUCGUCUUACUCCUCUGUCUCAUCAGCAACGCCGCGGCUUUCGUCGUCAUCCGGCACAAGGCCGGCGGGAACCGCACGACGAGCCACGCCGUCGAGACGCUCAUGGGUAUCUCGACGACUAUCGGUAUAGUACUCGCCUGGUGGAACAUCCGCUGCAAGCAGGUCGACCAGCACCGCGCUUGGAUGCUGCGCACCAUGUUCUACAUGGGCGUUACGAUUUCAGCGCGCCUCAUCAACCUCGGUGCCAGCCAGAUUACUACCCGCCUCGGCAACUACUGGGCUGUGUGGAUGUGCGACGAGAUUGGGUUUCUGUACAAGAACUACGAUUUGCCGUUUCCAAGUCAGACUUAUCCAGGGUGCUUUUUGCCAAAUGGAGACUUGGACCGCUGGAAGCGCGUUGUGGUCAAGGCGGCUGAGACGCCGGGACAGCUGGAGCAGCUGGGCGCGAGCUAUGUGCUUUCGUUCGGAACGAUGCUCUGGGUAUGCCUCUUUCUGCACGUCGUAGGCGUCGAGGUCUAUCUUCGCAUGACGCCGAGGGAGACGGAGAGGCUGCGACGUGUGAGCUACGAGAAGCAAUUGGAGGCUGGGUAUCGUAACCCUGGUAGUGCGGGAUUGGUCUUGGAUAAAUGGGGGGAUGCAGAUGCUUGGAGUCCUAGUCGGUAG